CUCACUCCCUUCCUGCUGCAUCACAACAGCCGUUAGUAGCUCGCGUAGCACUAGUGACCGGGGGCCAGUAUACCCACUGCUAAUUCUCUGAGUAAAUAACUAUAUUGACAUUGCAAUACUCAACAACAUCCGAACACGGGGGUAAACGACAGGAACUGGUUGCAGUGCGAUAACCCCGCUCCAGCUGUUGGGAUAUGGCCAGGCCGGAACAGGUUCUGCUCUUGGAGCCUCAGCACGAACUGAAAUUCAGAGGUCCGUUUUCAGACGUGGUCACCACAAAUCUCAAGCUCGCCAACCCAACAGACAGGAAUGUGUGCUUCAAAGUGAAGACAACAGCGCCGCGCCGGUACUGUGUGCGGCCAAACAGUGGCAUCAUUGAUGCAGGCACUUCAAUUAAUGUCUCAGUUAUGCUGCAGCCAUUUGACUAUGACCCAAAUGAGAAGAGCAAACACAAGUUCAUGGUGCAGUCCAUGCUAGCACCUCCUGACAUGACCGACAUGGAGGGAGUGUGGAAGGAGGCAAAGCCAGAAGAGCUGAUGGACUCAAAGCUGAGGUGUGUUUUUGAGAUGCCAGUGGAGAAUGAAAAAACGCACGACAUGGAGUCCAACAAGAUGUCAUCCAGCUUGCUGAAGUCAGACUCCUCUGUGUUGCCUCCGAAGUCAAUGAGCUCCACCCUUGAUGAUGGCGAGGUAAAGAAGAUCAUGGAGGAGUGUAAGCGGCUGCAAAUGGAGGCCCAGCGGCUACGGGAAGAAAACAAACAGAUCAGGGAGGAUGACGGUUUCCGGAUGAGAAAGAGCAAUGUGAUGUCAUCUCAGCACGCAUCAGUUGGCAUGAAGAAAGAGGAGGGGUUGAGCGCUCGCACAGUGGCGCUCAUCGUGCUGUUCUUCGUGGUGGGCGUCAUUGUGGGCAAAUUGGUCUUGUAGAGUGCAGCGCAGAUUGGGUUGGCCGCAGCAUGCUUUCGGGGGAUGAAACAAACACAGGAUCUGGGAUUUUGGAUCAGAAAUGCCAUAUCCACUGGGCGGGGGGUGGUACUAGUUUUGAUUCAAUUUCAUUUAUGUAAAAAAAAAAAAAAAAUCAAAGGUAAUGUAUGAGAAAAAAGAAAACCGAUUCUUCAUCUUAUGAACAAACCUACCGUUACAGGUCUUGCCUCUAAGUAAUCAUCACAUAAUCAUUCUGGCCCUCUUCCCAAAGUUUAAUGUAUACAGGUGAGCGGUUCUAUGGGUUUGGGUAAUGGAAAAUUAAUGAUUUAAUGCUAGUGAUUCCUACCAAUGGAUUUUCUAACACCGGUGAGGUAGUGGUGCGACUGAGUCAGUUUGCAAUUGUGCGAAUGUCAUUUUAGUGUACUGUUGUUUCUUUUUCUAAAUGACGGAGGCCAGAGUCUAUGUAUAUGUAUACGUAAAGCCCCCACUGUACAGUAUAUCCAGGUAUUCCUUCCAGCUAAACCCCCUUUAAGGAAGGGAUUUACCAGAGAGAUGAUCCAAACAGUCGGGGUUACACACAGGGCUAUCAAACUGACUCCUCCAAUCAGAGGCUUUGUAAAAUCGGCUUGUCUUUGAUUGUAGAACAACUUUGAUCAGUGUAUGAAACACUAUACCAUAGGUAUUUUCUUUCCUUGUGUCCUUUUUUUCCACUCUACCUUAUUACCAUCACCUGUCACUCAAUGCUCACUGCAUCCCCGGUUGUCAGAGGGGGAUGUUUUAUUGCAUGCAUUCACAGAGAGUGUUGCAUCUGGACUUUUAAAUCUAAUUUAAUUGCUUUUAUAAUGGUGAUAGUAAUGUCAUUUGGCUGUAGGUUUGCACAACUACAUUUUCUGAUUUUAUUUCUUUGUGUUUUAUUGCAUUUUUAUGAUUUUAAGUAUUUUUUCUUGUUAGGGUUUAAGCAUUUAAGAAAAUUGCAGCUACCUGAAAUGAGCUCCAGACGUAACAUUAGAUCAAUGUUCUCCAAAUGAAAGCCUUGCCUUGUGACCUAUUUGGGUAAGUUAUUCUCAGGCCAAGAUGGAGGUAUAUAGAUAGAGGACACUGACUUGCAUCACACAUAAACACAAAGCAUAGUAAGGAACCACAAAUUGACAGAAUUUGCAUGUAUAGACAAAUGGUUUUGUGUUUGAAUAUAACAGUCCUGUUGGACAAACAGAGGGCCUUGGCCUUUCCUGCUCUUUUUUUGUUUUCUCAUAUUUUCCUACUGAGCCAUACAUUUGUUAACAUUAUCUUUUGUUUUGUUGAGGCAAAUGUAUGUCAGAGAACAACUGAGUGUUUUAAGAGUGUUUCAGCUGCCUGCUCUCCAUUUACCCACUGUUCGGUGUCCAGUUUUGGUGUUUGUUCAGCAUUUAUCCAUUGCUUUUUAAUGUUAUAUCCUCACUGCAUUUGAAGUUGUGUUAAUUUAAAUGCACUUACGUUAAGAGUGUCACUGUCUCCCUGAAGCAUACGUUAUUUUAUUUUAUUUUAUUUUCUCAUGCAAAGGAAAAGGAAAGCUUACAGUAUAGCUAUAGCCUCAAGGGACCACAUUAUGACACUGUACUGUUCCAGAGAUGCUGAUUUUUUUUUUUUUUUUAAAUUAAAGUAAAACAAAACAACUCUCAAAUGGUUUAAUCUCCAAAUGUUCAUACUGUGGACAAUUAAUUACAAAGCAUGGGAAGGUGUCAUUCUACUUAUUAUCUUAAUUGAGAGAAAUUAUUUGGUUAUGUUUCCAACUUUCUCCACUUAAUAAGUGAGUAGACAAGAGGCGCAUAUUCAUUUUGUUAAAGCAAAAGACAAGAACAGUGAGAUUCACUGUCAUUAAGUGAAAUGUAAAGCAGUGGAUUUGACUGGUAGGUAAAGACGUAUGGAUAUGAGCGUUUGUUUCCACUGUAUCUCUGUCAAGUUGUUGGGUUGAGGAUGACUUGCUGCUUAGAGGGAGGGCAGAGCAGACCUGAGCUACAGUCCCAUCCAGGGUUAUCAAACCUGGGUCAUGUAGUACUUGCAAACAAUUAUUCUUGUUCACUAAAUGCUGGUUGGAGUAUCAUGAGGUUUUACACACGGGAAAUAUGUUAGAUUACCAUAUUUUACCGUUGAAGAGAAUUUAAUGUAUCACUGUCCUGCCUUGAUGCAGUGGAGCCCACCAGUUUGAUACUCCAGGUAGGAUUAAAUAAACAACUAUAGUUACAUGUAAAUACUAACUGAUUCAGGCCCGGUUUUAAAACACACUGCACUGACCUGUCAUGGAGUCUCUGACCAUCACCGUGAUCAAUGUAAGCAGUCGGGAAACUGUUUUGUAUGUAUAUAAAUAAAUAAAUAAAUAAAUAAGUCUAUCUGAGAAGAAGAUUAAUAUUCCUAGUCUAGUAGUCUCUGGUGUAUAAAAACAACCCAACCUGGUUGGACUAUGUAGCAUCUUAAUAAAUUAAAUGAAUAAAGCCCCUA